GCAGUGUUUGAUGAGCAAGAUCCCCAUCAUGGAGGUGACGGCACCAGUGCCAGCUCCACUGGGACCCAGAGUCCAGAGAUAUUUGGUAGUGAGCUUGGUACCAACAAUGCUUCUGCCUUUCAGCCUUACCAAGCAACAAGUGAAAUUGAGGUCACACCUUCAGUGCUUCGUGCAAAUAUGCCUCUUCAUGUUCGUCGAAGUAGUGAUCCAGCUUUACUUGGUCUCUCAACUUCUGUCAGCGAUAAUAAUUUUUCAUCUGAAGAGCCCUCAAGGAAAAACCCCACCCGUUGGUCAACAACAGCUGGCUUCCUCAAGCAGAAUACUGCUGGUAGCCCCAAAGCUUGUGACAGGAAGAAAGAUGAAAACUAUAGAAGCCUCCCACGGGAUACCAGUAACUGGCCUCACCAGUUUCAGAGAGACAGUGCUCGCUCAUCUCUGAGUGCCAGCCACCCAAUGGUGGACAAAUGGCUGGAGAAGCAAGAACAGGACGAGGAUGGGACAGAAGACAGCAGCCGCGUCGAGCCAGUUGGACAUGCUGACACUGGUUUGGAGAAUAUGCCCAGUUUUUCUCUGGAUGAUAUGGUAAAGCUCGUACAAGUCCCCAACGAUGGAGGGCCUCUGGGAAUCCAUGUAGUGCCUUUCAGUGCUCGAGGCGGCAGAACCCUGGGGUUAUUAGUAAAACGACUGGAGAAAGGUGGCAAAGCUGAACAAGAAAACCUUUUUCAUGAGAACGAUUGCAUUGUCAGGAUUAAUGAUGGUGACCUUCGAAAUAGAAGAUUUGAACAAGCACAACAUAUGUUCCGCCAAGCCAUGCGUACACCCAUCAUUUGGUUCCAUGUGGUCCCUGCUGCAAAUAAAGAGCAGUACGAACAACUGUCGCAAAGUGAGAAGAACAACUACUAUUCCAGCCGCUUCAGCCCGGACAGGCAGUACAUGGACAGCAGGAGUGUGACCAAUGCUGGGCCUCAGGCUCUGCAGAGACCGCCUAGACUCACCCACCCGCCCGAGCAGAUAGAUGCUCACCCACGACUACCUCAUAGUGCACACCCCUCCGCCAAACCACCGGCUGCCCCAGCUCUGGGCCCACAGAAUGUAUUUACUACUACUGCAAGCAGUGGUUAUAACACCAAAAAAGUAGGCAAGAGGUUCAAUAUCCAGCUUAAGAAAGGUACAGAAGGUUUGGGAUUCAGCAUCACUUCCCGAGAUGUGACAAUAGGUGGCUCAGCUCCAAUUUAUGUGAAAAACAUUCUCCCCCGAGGAGCUGCCAUUCAAGAUGGCAGACUUAAGGCAGGAGAUAGACUCAUAGAGGUAAAUGGAGUAGACUUAGCUGGCAAAUCUCAAGAGGAAGUUGUCUCCUUGCUGAGAAGCACCAAGAUGGAAGGGACCGUGAGCCUUCUGGUCUUUCGCCAGGAAGAUGCCUUCCACCCAAGGGAACUGAAUGCAGAGCCAAGCCAGAUGCAGAUUCCAAAAGAAACGAAAGCAGAAGAUGAGGAUAUUGUACUCACACCUGAUGGCACCAGGGAGUUUCUGACUUUUGAAGUUCCACUUAAUGAUUCAGGAUCUGCUGGUCUUGGUGUCAGUGUCAAAGGUAACCGGUCCAAAGAGAACCAUGCAGAUUUGGGAAUCUUCGUCAAGUCCAUUAUUAAUGGAGGAGCAGCAUCCAAAGAUGGAAGGCUGCGGGUGAAUGAUCAGCUGAUAGCAGUGAAUGGAGAAUCCCUGUUGGGCAAGACAAACCAAGAUGCCAUGGAGACCCUAAGGAGAUCCAUGUCCACUGAGGGAAAUAAGCGCGGCAUGAUCCAGCUCAUUGUGGCCAGGCGAAUAAGCAAGUGCAGUGAGCUAAAGUCACCUGGGAGUCCCCCUGGACCUGAACUGCCCAUUGAAACAGUGUUGGAUGAUAGAGAGCGAAGAAUCUCCCAUUCCCUCUACAGCGGGAUUGAGGGGCUUGAUGAAUCCCCCACGAGAAAUGCUGCACUCAGUAGGAUAAUGGGUGAGUCAGGUAAAUACCAGCUAUCCCCCACUGUGAAUAUGCCCCAAGAUGACACUGUCAUUAUAGAAGAUGACAGGCUGCCUGUGCUUCCUCCACAUCUCUCUGACCAGUCCUCUUCCAGCUCCCAUGAUGACGUGGGAUUCAUGACGACAGACACUGGUACAUGGGCUAAGGCUGCAAUCAGUGAGUCAGCUGACUGCUCUUUGAGUCCAGAUGUUGAUCCAGUUCUUGCUUUUCAACGGGAAGGAUUUGGCCGCCAGAGUAUGUCAGAAAAACGCACAAAGCAAUUUUCAGAUGCCAGUCAAUUGGAUUUCGUUAAAACGCGAAAAUCAAAAAGCAUGGAUUUAGGUAUAGCUGACGAGACUAAACUCAAUACAAUGGAUGACCAGAAAGCAGGUUCCCCCAGCAGAGACGUGGGACCUUCCCUGGGUCUGAAGAAGUCAAGCUCUUUAGAGAGUCUGCAGACAGCUGUGGCUGAAGUAACUCUGAAUGGGGACAUUCCUUUCCAUCGCCCACGGCCACGGAUAAUCAGAGGAAGAGGAUGUAAUGAGAGUUUCAGGGCUGCCAUUGACAAGUCUUAUGAUAAACCUGCUGUAGAUGAUGAUGAUGAAGGCAUGGAGACUUUGGAAGAAGACACAGAAGAAAGUUCAAGAUCAGGGAGAGAGUCUGUGUCCACAGCAAGUGACCAGCCUUCCCAUUCCCUGGAAAGACAAAUGAAUGGGAACCAAGAGAAAGGGGACAAGACUGAUAGGAGAAAGGACAAGACUGGAAAAGAGAAGAAAAAAGAUAGAGAAAAGGAAAAGGAUAAAAUGAAAGCCAAGAAGGGAAUGCUGAAGGGCUUGGGAGACAUGUUCAGGUAAGUCUUUGCUGACAAAAACCAGAACAUCCCUAAACAUACUGUCGUUUUAGAAACGGGAUGUGUUCUGAGAAAUGCAUCUUUAGGUAAUUUUGUCAUUGGGCAGAUAUAGAAUCCACUUACACAGACCUAAAGAGUAUAACCUGCUGUAUUCUUAGCUGCAUGGUAUACGCC